AUGGUAGGGGGGGCGGCUUACUACAAGCACUGGUGGCACGAAAACGAUUGGGACGAGGCAUUAGAACUACUUGUCACCGCCGAUUUCCUGGGCUGCGAGGAACUUGUCAAGAGCCUCGAGAAUUUAUUGGUACAUGAAUUCCGAUAUGACCGUGGGUUCGGUCGGGCUUGUCAAAUCUUGCAACGUUUAGAGUCUGGCUUCCCGUACCUGCCUUCAUUGCUGCACGCGUGCUUGUGGAGUGCAUCUCAGCAGAUAUUGGCGCAGCUCUGCCGCCAGUCUAACAGUAUUCACUUGGAGGAGCUUCUGCUCCACCACACGGUCACCAACUUCAAGACGUUGCAAGACAUGGUACGUAGUCAUGUUACAACUCUUUCCCCGCUGCUUGGCCUCAGCGACAUCGGCGACGAGUGCGGCGACGCCCUCUCCCUUUGCCCCAGCGCAGAGCAGGAAUCGCUCACGGGCCCCACGGGAGCCACCCAGCGGCAGCGCUCGCUCGACGCGAUGCGCUCUCGCCUGACGCAGGCGGUCGAGCAGGCCGCCAGGGCGGAGGCCGAGGUCGCCAGGCUCAAGGCGCAGCUCCUCCUGGCUCCCAAACCGGCAGCCGAUGCCGGCGGGCACGCCGAGGUGGGCGCGCACUCGGGCUUGACCCCGGCGCGUUCUUCUUUGCAUCAGGACAGUGUCGCCCCUCCGCGCACAGAGCGGACGACGAGGCUUCCCUUCCGAGCGUCCCACUGGAGAGGCGCGCCGACGUGGACCCUGCGGGUGCCACUUUGCUGUCUGAGGCGGUCGUCGAUGUGCCAGAAACCUACUCAUUAG